UACAUGUUAGCCCUGGUAAUAAGCCUGACUAUCCCCCUGGCCUGCCGCCCUGCCAGCCGAGCCUUGGCCUGCCGUGUCCGCGCCCUGCUGGAGUGUCAAGGCGCAGGCCAGCCAUCACACCGCGGCGUCCUGCGGCUGCGAGGGUCAUGCAAACAUCAAAAAUGGAGGACGAGGAGUCAGUGUCAGUGAAGUGGGACCACCACCAGCCAGUCUUGCUGCAGGCCAUCAAGGAGAUAUACACAAAGGGAAUCUAUGCAGAUGUGAGGCUUGAAUGUGAUGGCCAUGAACACUGGGUGCACAAGUUCAUUCUCUCAGCCUGCAGCGAAUACUUCCAAGAGGUCCUGGCCGAUGUGCCGCACAGAGGGUCAAUCACUGUUGCCGCCUACGUGCAGCACAAACAGCUCAUGUCCCUCCUUGAUUUCAUGUACCUCGGGGAAGUAAUAGUUCCCCAAGAGGACCUGGCGGAGCUGGUUAACGCUGCGGAAGUUCUCAUGGUCCGAGGCUUUGCCAUUCCCUGUGAAGACCUGAAUGAACAUGAAAAUAACGGACAGUAUCCACAAGGCAAAGAAAUUUUCCGAUUUACCGAUAAUUAUUCCAGCAACGUAACAGAAAACUUGGAAAGCAAUAUUGGUAAAGAAGGAAACAGUAACUACACGUAUACGCCGAGAGCCAACACAAAGAGAAAGAGAACUGAAUCAGACGAACAGGCAAGAUUAAACAAAGAAAAGAAAUAUGAUCCCCAACAACCUUACCAUAAUCAUGAAGGAAGGAUGGACAUGCCUAUAAAGGAAGAGCCUGUGGAUCAGGAAGGAAGACUGGAUUUUCAGUGUUCAACCAAUGGCUAUAUGAUGGAUAAGACUGCUGCCCCAACCUCAUGCAACGAAGCAGGAAGAAGUAAACCGUUACCGACUAUGCAGAUGGAAAGGGCUCCAGAGGCAAGUUGUGGGACUUCCAAUGCAGAUAUAAGCAAUUUGCUGAAUGUACUGAUAGACAGCAACCCUGAUGAUAUAAGUGGCCGCCUAAGACCCUCCAGCUACCCCAAGAAUGACGGACCAAAUGAAUCCUGCCAGAACCCACAGACGGGAACAGAAGCCGGCUUUGUGUGUCCUCAGUGCCGAAAGGUCUUCCACUGGCGAAGCAACCUCACCAAACACUUGAGGACACAUACGGGGGAGAAACCGUAUAGCUGUAAUGUCUGCCCUUACAAAACCAGCUACAGUGAAGCCCUCAAGCGACACGUGAGGAUACACACCGGGGAGAAACCGUACAAGUGUGAAAAAUGUGACUAUCGAAGCAAAGAUUACGGCUCGCUGAAGCAACAUUUAAAAAAGCAUGCUCAGACAGAAGUGAAUGAAGUAGCAUCGUAAUAUUUUGGGUCCGUCAGAGGCAAGAUAUUGUAGCUAAGAGUUCAUGUACAAAUGAAGGUAGCAAUGGGGCACUGUAUAUUUUGCUUUUAUAAUAAGCGGAAAUAGUAACUUAAGGUGAAAGUUUAUUGUAUGCUGGCUUUACCUUUAGAAACAGACAUGUAGAUUAGAUAUGUAAAGCACUGCCUGUAGGAUAGAUAUAAAAAAAAAGCUUGCACAUUUGUAGCAAGUGGAAAUUCAUGCUAGUUAUGUAGAAGAAAGUAAUUUAAAUGUUUCCAUUAUAUAGAAGUAGUUAAUUUGAGUUCUGGCAACUACAAUGUUACUCCAUUAGUUAGUAGAUAGUCGCUUUUGUUUUCUGUGAUUCAGCAUUCUUCCUUGUCAGCAGCUUUAACUUAUGUUCAUGUGGGCUCACUGUUUUGGGGUGGCUUGGGGGACCAAAUGCAGAAGCACAGGUUCAAACCACCUCACUCCAGCUCUUCACUUCCAUGGGUUUACGCCCUAACCCACUAGCCCACCACGCCCCACUUUCUGCAAUUCAACAUUCCUUUGGUCCAUAUCUCAAUCAAUCAAUCACUGUGGGCAUAUGCUGGGAGGCUUGUUCCCUCGCCCAUUUCAUGAUGCCAUCCUUGGCUUUGUCCCCAACAUAUGCCAAGUCCACCCACCUUUUCAUCCUUCCUUUUGGACUGGUUGAUAAAUGAGUACCUAGGACAACCUGGGGAAGGUAAACUGUGGUCACACUUGCCCUGUGUACCAUAUGAGCCAGGGCCAGUGUGAUGGAGACAAGCACUGAGGCCAAGCACCAAGGCCACUUUCAGCUUUAGCAUUUGCCCAAAACUUUACCUUCAGCUUUCUGUGGCAGCUGCUCCAUGAUUACUCCAGAUGUUGAAUAUGCACUUGGUUUUGUCUCCAGUAUAUGCCAAGUGCUAUUAGUUUGAACUGCACUCCAGGCUGCAGCGUCAGUCAGCAUCAACAGCACAAGAAGGUUUUCAGCCUCCACCGUGCCUGACCCAGGAGCACACCGUGGGGUGUGAUGCCAGACUUGCAAAAUUCACCCUCAUUUGGUAAGUAUAUUCCACUACAGUAUUGGUAAAUGCCAUCAGAAUGUGUAAAUGUACUUCUUAGUGUAGAUUUAUAACAUUUAAAGGAAGGGCAGUAAAAGGGAAAGUAAUUCUUUUUUUUUAUUAUUAUUUAAAAUAAUGACAAGUCAACUUUGGUUUUGUUUAGUGAAGCUGCUUUAAACAUUUUCUGUGAACAAAGCCUUUGUGCAACAGUUGUUCUGUUAUUGCUUUUAGUAAUAAGUGGUGAAUGAUUACACACCAGGGAGUGGCUUGAUUUGAUGUCCGGCGCACUUCAUGAUUUCUCUGUGCACGGUGUGAAGAUAUCAUUCUCCAAACUGAUGUUGAAUGAGAGGAAUAGACACACUAUGUACAUAGUGCAUAGGUAGAAUAUAAAACUUUAUAUGAUCUCAUUUCAAUGAGUACAUAAUGUACAUAAUUUAAGACUGAAGGAAGUUUUUAAUUGGGAAGUGUUGUCAAAUUUUAAAAGGUGUUGCAAGGAGUUGCAGUAACUUGUGAGUGAACUUGUUACCUUCAGUGUAUCAAAUGUUCAGAGCCAAUAUUUGAAGAUAUAGUGUAGUUUUUGUUGGUAGGUAGCACUGACUCAUUACGUGACGGUGACAUUCAGAGCCACUCGCUGAGCUGAUUUUUGUCCUGGGCUCAGCUCAUACCCUUUGAUAUUUAACUAAUGUAUGUACCAGAAUGGCUCAUUUUGCUCUUCAACAGAAUCCAUGCACAAUAUAUUGGGAAGGAGUUCAUGUUAUGAGAAAGGCACCUGCAUUAUAUACUGUGUAAGUGCAGGACUUGUUUCCAGCCUGGCAUGUCUAAGCUCUUAUUAGAAGGCUUCAGUGACAUGAAUAAAUAUAUAAAUGAGUAAGAGAAUGGAAAUUAUUUACAGGUGACGCCAAUGUAAUUCACUUAAUGCUCAUUUCGCUUGUGUUGUUUUCGCCUAUGGCACGGGGGCCGGGUGGCUCAGUGGGUUUGGUGCUUGACUCACGACCGAGAAGUUGAGAGUUGAGUCCCAUCUCACGGCAGCUAUGGAACUGUCAUGCCUCAUCUCUCCUCUCCUUCCCUUUCUAGAUAGAUAGUAAAUAACCUGCUCCUCCUGUUCCUUUUAAAUGAGUUGUGUGAUGGCGCCUGGGGCAGUGCUAGCCAGUACUUACUUCCCCAUGAGGGUCUUUGAUCAGGUCCACCCACAAAUUGCUUAAGUUACAUCUUGCACCAACUGUAUAAGAUCGUUCUUCUAAUAAACAGUAACACCACAAAGAAAGAUCAUAGUUGUUAUGUAUUCAUAAAUUUUAAUUUACAGAAGAAUUUUUAUGGUAAAUUAAUAGUAUAUUUAUAAUUAAUUUAUAAGAGCACAUUACUGAGCUGCACCUAUAGGUUAUGUGGAUUAAUGGCAGAAGUUAAGUAUUACAUUAAGAAAAGUAAAACUGAGUGCACUGAUAUGUUGGGAGUGAGAAAAUAUAUAAGGAUAAAUAAGAAAGCCUGUAUAGAGAGUUGUUUGUGAGGAUGACAUUAGCCAAACAUUUAAGGCUGCUGGAAGCUUUUGUUAUUCCUUGAAUGUAACUUUUUGGUUCAUGACACUUGCAUGGCAACAGUACAGCUGUGUUGGCAUUACUGAUAAUAAGGAUGAUUUUUGUCGUUGGGAAAAAAAUUAAAAAAGGAGUAUGAAAGUGGACAAAAGUACAUCCGUAUACAGUGUAAAAUGGUAAAAAAUCUUGUAGACUCAACUUGGUAGGUAUCUAUGGGUGCUCAUCAGUGCAGAAAUCUGAGAGCACAAAGAGAGUAGAGAUCAUAAGUAUGGAAUGAAUGUAUAUUAUGCAUUAUUGAUGAUUUGCUUAGCUCAAAUAUUGGGGUGCAAUAGCAUGUGUGUGUGUGUGUGUGUGUGUGUGUGUGUGUGUGUG